AUGGCGGGCAUGGCAGCGGCGAGGCGCAGACCACACCCGGAGUCCCACGAUCCAGGCCCAGUCAUGGCGGACAGCGCGAAACUGCUUAGCGCUUCGGCGCAGCUAACGGAGAACAUGUUGAAUGCAAGUGUAGCGAUGGGGCUGUUGCAGGAUGUAGCCAAGUUCGCCUCCAUGGCCGGUGUGUUGUCUGGAAUCUUCCAGGUGGGCGGCGCCAUUCUGAAGCUGGUGCUGGGAAAGCAGGACAGCGAGGAGCUGAAAUAUAUGAAGGAGCAGUUCCAGAUCGUCAGGAACAAACUGGAUGUGAUUUCUGAUCAGAUCGGGCAGGUGCUGUGGGAGAUCCAGAGGAGCACGAUCGAUAACCAGUACUUCCCCAUCGAGGAGAACCUCAAGAACCAGUUCCGCAAAUACAUGGACAUCCUGAGAUCAGCGCCCGAGUUCCGCGACAAGGAUCGAGACGAGUUCCUCGCCCACUUCGACGCGACCAAGGGCGACCAGAACAUGAGCUACGACCAAAGGAACCGGCGCCUGAUGGAAGUCAUGUGUUGCCGGCUGAAGGAGCUCUUCUGCAUUGGUCUGAUCGCUGUCCUGGGCCACGCCGCCGUCACCGGCAACGAUGUGGAGGCGUUGAAGAAAGAGUGGAACCAGAAACUGGCGCAAGUAGAAGCCAAAAUGAUAUCCAUGGUAGAUCGGUGCGUUAGCGAGUUUGCGCAGCAGGCAGAGAUAGAUGUCGAGAGGAUGGCGAAGGACAAGGGGGAGAGAGAUAACAAGGGGUGCGUCACCUUUAUCCUGGAGGGACUGGUGAAGAAAUACGACUGGGUCCGCUGGUCAGUGCGCGUCUGUGAUCCAAUCGGGGGCUUUGACAAUCACUGUGUUGGUGGCCCAAACCGUUUUCAUUUUUCCGGCACAAUGACGUCAACGUGGUUGUGUCCUACGCCAUCGACCCAAAGCCCAUAA